AUGGACGACGAGACGACGGCAGCGGCGACACGCUAUGUGCCGCACGAGCUCGUCAUGCAGGUCCUGCAUCGUCUCCCUGUCAAGUCGCUGAUGCGGUUCACCUGCGUCUGCAAGGCGUGGCACGACACCAUCACCCGCGACCAGUCGUUCCAGCGCCAGCACCUCUGCCUCCAACAGACGUGCAUGCUCAUCGCGCCGUGGAUAAGAACCAACUACGGCGGCCAUCCUUAUGAAAGAAAGCUUAAGGUCACCACACCGGGCUUAUACCGGUGGGAGAUGAGCCAGGACGCCGCGACUCUCGUUCUAGCCAUGGACUCCUUCCCUGUGGUGGAAGCCGGCAGAAGGCACAAUUUGGCGCACUGUGACGGUCUUGUGCUGGUGUCCAUGGACGACACCGUGUGGGUUCUCAAUCCAGCUACUCGCCACGUCCUGCUUCUGCCUCAGAGCUGCAUAACCCCGCGUGGGCUUCGUAGGUGCUUUGAUGGGGCGCUGGGUCUUGGGCAUGACCCUCAUUCCAACACAUACAAGGUUGCCCGUUUCUAUUACCCCUCUGUGGACAGGCUCGAGAGAGGUGGUUACCACUACACCCUUGGGAUGGAGGUGUUCACCAUCGGGAGAGAUCAGCAUUGGCGUGAGACGGCAGCGCCACCUCCGUACCCUAUCAUGGCAGGUCGAACAGCGACCUUCUUCAAAGGAUCAUUGCUCUGGACAAUCGAUGAGUCGCUGUUGCUCCCGGGGGAUGUUGUACCUGCCCGAGGUUUCCUUCGCUUCAGCUUGAAUGAUGAGUCUUUCAGUGUCAUACCGGCGCCUCCUGGGUGCCCCGAUCUUCGAUACGCGACGUCCAACUUGGCUGAGUUGCGCGGGGAGCUAUGCGUUGCUCAUGAAGGGCCCAAACACAAAUCUUUCAGGUCGGCUUGUAUAUGGGUUUGCAAUGAUGUGGAUGGUUCGAAUCCACCACAAUGGGUUCAACGUCAUGUCAUGAACGUCCCACGUUGUAUACAUCUGGUAGCUACGUCUAAUGACGAUAUAUUGUUCCUAGGAGGAUCUUACAAUCUCAUGUGCUCUGAUAGCCAAAGUACAUUGGGUGUUAGGCAUGUGGCUAUCAUGCAUGACUUAGCAUAUCACCAUCCUAACACAAACACGCUUGUUAAGUACACAUCAGAAAUUGUCUAUGACUAUGGUGUAAUCCCCUACGUUCCAAGCCUGGUGUCAAUCUAG